UCCAAAUUCUGCCUGUUGUUUAUAGCAGUGAAGAUAUGAAAACCUAUGUACCAUCAGAAACUUCCUAAAAUCAAGCUACAGUCUUGUUUUUAUGACCAAUGCAGCUUGUUUACAAUGAUUUUCCUUUUUAACCUUAAUCUCCAUAGUACAACCAACUGCACAAAGGAGAGAUGUUGUUUUCCUACUGGAUGGAUCAGAUGGCACUCGCAGUGGGUUCUCUGCAAUGAAGGACUUUGUCCUAAAAGUUGUGAACAAGCUGAAUGUAGCUGAGGACAAAGACCGUGUUUCUGUAGUCCAGUUCAGCAGAGAUCCUGAAACCCAUUUCUACCUGAACUCGUACACAACAAAGGAUGACGUUCUUGACACAGUUAGAGUGCUCAGGCACAAAGGAGGAAGACCACUGAACACCGGAGCCGCUCUCCAGCACGUCAGAGACAAUGUCUUCACUGCCUCCUCCGGCAGCAGACGUCUGGAGGGCGUGCCACAGAUACUGAUCCUGCUGAGUGGCGGCAGGUCAUUUGACAACGUUGAUGUGCCAGCCUCUGCUCUGAAGGACAUGGGAGUCUUGAUAUUCACAGUAGGCUCAAGGAGCUCUGAUAGCAGAGAACUGCAGAGGAUUUCAUACGAGCCUAGUUAUGCUCUGUCUGUGUCAGAAUUCACUGACCUUCCAAAUGUCCAAGAGCAGCUUCUGAACACUGUUGAGGCUGUUACUGUUUCUGUCACGCCAGCAUCACCAACUCCUACCGGUAUGUCUGUGUGAAAGAAUGCUGUUAGCACAUUUUGCAGUACUAUUUUUUGUAGCUUUUCUGUUUUCUUUGGUCUUAUGUUUGGAAAUUCUCAUGUAGCCUCCGUAAAGCGUUUAGCGCUCUCUUAGACAGGUUUUAACAAAUGCCAUUGUUGUCUUUCUAGUUGAUUUUGACACCUCCAGAAAGGAUGUUGUCUUCCUACUGGAUGGCUCAGAUGGCUCUAGGAAUGGAUUCCCAGUUAU